AUGUCGUCAUGCGAAGAUGAUGUUGCACUUGAAAGUGCUAAUAAAGUGCAGGUGCUAGAGUUCAUAGCAAAUCAAAUCAGCAAACAUCCAGAGAUCCUUAAUCCAACCCUAGACGCUAUUUUCGCAUCGAAUUUAGUAGUCUCAGAAAUUAGAUUGGGUGAUUCCGUCACUCAUACUAAUCCAAAAGCAUUUGUCGAGCGAUUGACAACUGACUUCACUAAGGUAAAAGAAAACUUUAGUCAAAAGAAUGUCCAACGCGAUUUCUACGAGGCCAUGGCCACUGAGAAAACGAAAAAUAUAUCUCUCACAUUCAAGUAUGACCCUCAGAAGAGAACAUCUAUCAUGGGUCAGAUUGAAUCAUACCUCAUCAAAGGUACCAAAGUUUUGAAGCUAGGUUCAUCCAGUUUUAAACUUCCAGCGAUUAAGAACGAUUACUGCGAUGUGAUCCUUAAUCCGCUCAACGUGUAUACUGAUCAGUUAUUUGAAAAUAUCCAAGCGACCGUACAACCUGGUCAGCCCGUCAUCGAUAUUCGUCGAACCAAAGACAAACUGUUCAAGUACACCAAACCCCGGGCGACGGCUUUGACAACAUCCCCAAAACGAGGCCUCGUCUAUCAGCAUCUAGCAGUCAUUGUACUGUUGGAGCACAUUCUCCACACCAGAGAUUCUGAAUACGUAAGUUUUCUGACUACCCAUGGGACACUGGAGGAUCUACUAACAGGUGGAAUGUUUAUUUCAUCUCUCCCUAGUAGCCAAAACUUCGAGACACGAGCUAACUCUAUGGUUAGCGAUGACUGCUUUGGAGUUCCCCUUAACGUGUGCUACAACCUGAAUCUCCAACAGAUGAGAUUUCUAGCACAGUUCAUUUUCUCUAAGGACCCAGUUCAAAGAGUGAACGUAAAAUUUCACUCUUAG